UAAUUCCGUGAACCAUGGGAAUGCACCGUAUGUGUUUCGCAUGCAGGGUCAAAAUUAUCAUCGCAUCGGUGAACUUUUGCCUGGCCCUUCCAAAAGUCCUGCUUUCUCGCAGCUCUAUAUUCAUGAUACCGUAAACGAAGUCUCGAAUAGGAUGGGUGUUAUGGGCGAGAAAGGACCGGGUAAGCAAAUAAAGAAGAGUAUCAUUAAGACUUUGAAGGAUAUGUUAGAUGCUAACAACCCACACGUCAUCGCGUUUAGAUCAGCUAGAGAUAGAUUAGCACAAUGUGAAGAUACCAGCGGCUUUAAGUUGAUUUUGAAAAAUCAUCGAGAUAGUGACGGUAGAGUCCAAAAUAUACCUACGACUGACGAGGUUGCUGGGCUUAUCGUGGGAGAUAUAAAUCCUAAACCGCGUGAUGUAGUGCUUCAGGCUAAUUCUGGAGGGUUUCAGCGUAUAAGUGAGCUGCACCCAUCCUACCUCCCUCUACAGUAUCCUUUGCUUUUUCCUUACGGCGAGGAUGGAUUUAGGUUAGGUAUCGACAUUGGAUUCAUCGAUAAAGGCGGUCUAAAAAGAACAAAGGUGACUUCGAUUUGGUCAAUCUCUAUAAAUUUUGACUUCGAUUUUAUUUUGCGAGAAUAUAAGGAUAAAAUUGUACAAAUUUGAUAAAGACUUUAAA